GUCAACAGCCAGGGUGCCACGCAGGUAACGUUUCAGAAAUUCGGCAUGGCCUAUGCCUUCAAUCUUGCCAUGUUCCUCGCACAGUGGGUGGAGCAGCGCCAUGUUGGGCAGCCAAUUCCGGAUCCGUUUGACGAGAGCCAGUUUGGUGCAGUGCAAGAGAUGAUCCGCCGCGCCAAAUUUACGAACGAGUAG